AUGUUGUAUACAAAAAUACCAACAAACAUAUAUAGUACGUACAUAAAUAUGCUCCGGUGUAUUGCUCUGACGAUAGCACUAGUUCGGUUGGUCUGGAUUUAUCCCAUUCCCAAAGUCAGGAACGGAAUGAGGACAUGGUUGUGUGUCCUCGUUCCGGUCCACCAGACAGCACACCUCCCUCACCACAGAGUUGAAGGCCUCUGGUUGGUCGGCGUGCACGUGGUGCCCCGCCCUCCUCACGUAGUGGACCUGUACGUAGGAGUGAGGUCGGAGUUCCUGGACCCUCUCACCCGUACUGCUGUCCAUCCACGACCUCGCUCCGUACACAAACGUCAGUGGAACAGAGGACGAGAGGUUUGGUGGAGCGAUCCGUUUGAUCAUUGGUCGUUUCGCCCAACCAAUUGGGAUCUGCAUGUGGUAGAACGCAUUUCACCUCUGGAGAUGGAAAUGAGAAAAGCUACCGUAAUACUCUUGUUGCUUUUUCGUCUUAAUCAUGCAGCAUGUUACUGAUAGUUCCACCAGUCCCACUGGCUGCACACACACACUUUGUACACUCCACAGGACUAAUAGUUGG